AAACUAGAUAAAUAAUUGAGACUGAUAUUCCCAUUGGAGUACAUAAAUAAGUUCCAGAAAUUAGCUCGAUCGAUCAUCCAUCAUGGCACCUAUUGGGGUGCAAUUGCUUGUCCAAGAUGACCAUGUAAUGAUGGAUAAUGGGAUUGUCCAAGUGACGCUAUCAAAGCCAGACGGAAUCGUGACUGGAAUCCGAUACAAUGGCAUCGAUAACUUGCUUGAAAUUCGAAACGAGGAAUCUAACAGAGGGUACUGGGACCUUGUUUGGAGUUCAGCAACUACUGGAACAACAGGAACAUUUGAUGUGAUCAAAGGAACAAGCUUUACGGUUAUAAUGCAAAAUGAUGAACAGGUGGAGCUCUCUUUCACAAGAACCUGGGAUCCCUCCCAAGAGGGACAACUCGUACCCUUAAAUAUUGAUAAAAGGUUCAUUAUGCUUCGAGGGUGCUCAGGCUUCUACUCCUAUGCCAUUUACGAGCACUUGAAGGACUGGCCUGCUUUCCAGCUUGCAGAAACCAGAAUUGCCUUCAAACUCCGGAAAGACAACUUUCACUAUAUGGCCAUGGCGGACAAUAGGCAAAGAUACAUGCCCUUGCCUGAUGACCGUUUACCACCGAGAGGCCAAGCCCUGGCCUAUCCGGAGGCAGUUCUUCUUGUCAAUCCUGUGGAGCCGGAGUUUAAAGGAGAAGUGGAUGACAAGUAUCAAUAUUCAUGUGACAACAAAGAUAGCAAGGUACAUGGAUGGAUAUGCACCGAGCCACUGGUAGGGUUCUGGCUAAUUACACCAAGCCAAGAGUUCCGAUCCGGUGGACCCUUUAAACAAAACCUCACCUCCCAUGUUGGCCCCACCACCCUUGCGGUGUUUCUAAGCGCACAUUAUUCUGGAGAAGAUUUGGUGCCAAAAUUUGCAGUUGGUGAGGAAUGGAAGAAAGUUUUUGGGCCAGUUUUUAUGUAUGUUAAUUCUGCAUACGAAGGAAAUGAUCCACUUUCAUUAUGGGAGGAUGCUAAAUUACAGAUGGUGAUGGAAGUCCAGAGCUGGCCCUACAGCUUCCCAGCAUCUGAGGAUUUUCCCAAGUCACGCCAACGGGGUAAUGUUAGGGGCCGACUACUUAUUCAAGACAGAUACGUUAGCGAUGAUUAUGUAUCCAUCAAUGGUGCAUAUGUUGGGUUAGCCCCGCCAGGAGACGUUGGAUCGUGGCAAAGAGAGUGCAAGGACUAUCAAUUCUGGACCACAACCGAUGAAGAUGGCUACUUUUGCAUCAACGGGGUACGCACCGGCGAUUAUAAUCUGAAUGCAUCAGUCCCUGGUUUUAUUGGAGAUUAUCAUUACGAUGUUGUUAUGACUAUAACCUCAGGUGGUCCAACUAAUUCCCUACUGUUAGUUUUAGGGCUUUCUUCUUUCCGUUUGCCUAUCAGCUAUGCUAAAAUGUUGAAAGAAAAAUGGAAAUUAACAAAUGUAGGCAAUGCAGGUUGUGACAUUGAUAUGGGUGAUCUUGUAUAUAAGCCUCCCAGAGAUGGCCCUACUUUAUGGGAAAUAGGCAUUCCUGAUCGUUCUGCUGCAGAGUUUUAUGUUCCCGACCCUAAUCCAAAGUACAUCAACAAACUUUUUGUCAAUCAUCCUGACAGGUUUAGGCAGUACGGACUGUGGGAAAGAUACUCAGAGUUAUAUUCUGAUCAAGACUUGGUUUAUACCGUAGGUGUCAGUGACUACAGUAAAGACUGGUUCUUUGCUCAGGUUACUAGGAAGAAAGAUGAUAAUAAAUAUCAAGGAACUACUUGGCAAAUUAAAUUCAAACUUGAGAAUGUAGACAAGACUGGUUCCUACAAGCUAAGAGUGGCACUUGCAUCUGCAAAUUAUUCAGAGUUGCAGGUUUGGGUGAACGAUCCAAAGGCAAAUCGCCCUCUAUUCACGAGCGGGAUGAUAGGGAAAGACAACUCAAUAGCAAGGCAUGGAAUCCACGGGCUUUACUGGCUUUACAAUGUAGACGUACCAAGCUCUCGGCUUGUCGAGGGAGACAACAUUAUCUAUUUGACGCAACCAAGAAGCACAACAGGCCCUUUCCAGGGUAUUAUGUAUGAUUAUCUUCGCUUAGAAGGUCCCCCAUCUCCAAGCUCCAAAUGAUGAUAGAUUACCUGCACUUUGUAUAAUAUUGAAGCAAAGAAAUUGUACUUCUGCUUUAUAAAGUGCAUGACCUGAGAUAGCUUGAUUAAAUAGCAAAAAGCAUGCAUCCUUGGGUGGUU